AUGGAGAAAUCUUCUUCAACAUCCAUCUUUACCACAAAUGCACUUGAAUCUCAUGAUUCUGGUAAGUCGGGUUUCACAUUUUAUACAACAGGGGUUGAAAAAAAGUGUUGUUACACAGAGUAUGAUGAGAAUUUAAACCGAUUUAGCGGAAGAACAAGGAUUAAUUUAAGACCCCCCCAAAGUUAUUCAAUUCUGGGUUCCUGCAAUGGUUUAGUUUGCUUCAAGUGUAAAUUUCAUAAUGAACCUGUUUAUAUUUGUAAUCCUAUUACCAGAGAAUAUAUUGUCCUUCCAAGGGUUGUAGGAUUAGACUUGUUAACUGGGUUUGGUUACUGUCCUUCAACCAAUGAGUACAAGGUUGUUACCAUUGGAUGGAGAAAUAUUCUUGUAUACACUCUUGGUAGUGGUGGCAUUGGAUGGAGAAAUGUUAAACACAUGGACCGUGAUAUAAUAUCUAGAAGACAAAUUGGUGAGUUUGCGAAUGGAUCUAUUCAUUGGGUGGACAAGAGAGGAACCAUUUUUGUGUUCAAUUUGGCUGAUGAAGAGUUACACAGACUUCCUACACCACCUUGUUUGCAUCGAGCUCGUUUUAUUGUUAGAGUUUUAGGCGAUUUUUUAUGUGCAACAAUUGAUGAAGAUUGCGUUCGUGCCAUAUGGAGAUUAAAGAAUUGUAAAGAUAAUGAGGAUGGUUCAGCGUAUGCUGCUGUGAUAGAUACAAUGUAUGCAGGAAAAACCAUGAAAACUGAGAGCUUUCUUCUCAGUGGUUUGAUGGAUACAAUGUAUCAUUAG